GGCGGGGGCAGGGGCAGGGCUUAAAGCCCGCGUGGCAGGGCACCCGGAAGCGUCCCUGACUCUGCAGUACCAGGAGUCCUCAGCCUGUAGCCUCUAGCCUCCCGCGUACCGCAGCCGCAGCCUCCGCCGUCAUGCCGAAACAUGAGUUCUCUGUGGACAUGACCUGUGAGGGCUGUGCUAAUGCAGUCACCCGAGUCCUCAACAAGCUAGGUGGGGUCCAGUUUGACAUCGACCUGCCCAACAAGAAAGUGUGCAUCGAUUCAGAGCAUAAUGUGGAAACACUGCUGGAAACUCUGAAGAAAACGGGAAAGACCACCACCUUCCUUGGGACCAAGUAGUGGGAAGCUCCGUCCUUUAGCCAGCCGGAUGAACCAAAGUGGGCAGGAGCCCGAGUGGCAGGCUCCCCAGGAUCCACUCCCAUUCUGGCCAGAUGUGGGAAGGAGGGGAGACCUGGGAGUGGAAAGGAAAGAGAGGAAAGAGCGCAUCACUGACUGGGAGCCCACAGUGUUCCAGGGGAGCCCUUCGGCUCACCAUCCCUCUUUCUUUGCCACCCUCUAAUAAAACGGAGCUGGUUUUUGCUGGAAA